UGGGCACCUCCCCGUGAAACCUGCCAAGCUGGACGCCACAGCUUUGCACGCCGACGCUUUGGCCAACCCUGUGCCCUCUCCGGAGGCGUGCCAGCAUGCGGUCCUAGCCUGCAGCCCGGGCCUCCCCGAGGAGCAGUAUGUGAGCGAGGCUGCGGAAGAUGCCCCCAGCUACAGAGGGUACCGGGAUGCCUGCACCAUCACAGACGUGUGCAACAGCACCGACCUUCCGGAAGUCGAGAUCAUCAGCCUGCUGGAGGAGCAGCUGCCCCAUUACAAGCUGAGAGCUGACACCAUCUACGGCUAUGACCACGACGACUGGCUCCACACCCCGCUCCUCUCUCCAGAUGCCAACAUUGACCUCACCACCGAGCAAAUCGAAGAGACGCUGAAGUACUUCCUUUUAUGUGCUGAAAGAGUUGGCCAGAUGACUAAGACAUAUAAUGACAUCGAUGCUGUCACUCGGCUUCUUGAGGAGAAAGAGCGGGAUUUAGAGUUGGCUGCUCGGAUUGGCCAGUCGUUGUUGAAGAAGAACAAGACGCUCACCGAGAGGAACGAGCUGCUGGAGGAGCAGGUGGAGCACAUCCGGGAGGAGGUGUCUCAACUCCGGCAUGAGCUGUCCAUGAAGGAUGAGCUACUCCAGUUCUACACCAGCGCCGCGGAGGAGAGCGAGCCCGAGUCCGUGUGCUCAACCCCGUUGAAGAGGAAUGAGUCAUCGUCCUCAGUCCAGAAUUACUUCCAUCUGGAUUCGCUUCAGAAGAAGCUGAAGGACCUGGAAGAGGAGAACGUUGUACUUCGAUCCGAGGCCUGCCAGCUGAAGACGGAGACCAUCACCUACGAAGAGAAGGAGCAGCAGCUGGUCAACGACUGCGUGAAGGAGCUGAGGGACGCCAACGUGCAGAUCGCCAGCAUCUCGGAGGAAUUGGCCAAGAAGACGGAAGACGCCGCCCGCCAGCAGGAGGAGAUCACGCACCUGCUGUCUCAGAUCGUGGACCUGCAGAAGAAGGCCAAAGCGUGCGCAGUGGAAAAUGAAGAGCUCGUGCAGCACCUGGGAGCCGCCAAGGAUGCCCAGCGGCAGCUCACGGCCGAGCUGCGUGAACUGGAGGACAAGUACGCCGAGUGCAUGGAGAUGCUCCACGAGGCGCAGGAGGAGCUCAAGAACCUCCGGAACAAGACGGUGCCCAACACCACGUCCCGGCGCUACCACUCGCUGGGCCUGUUCCCCAUGGACUCCCUGGCAGCCGAGAUCGAGGGGACGAUGCGGAAGGAGCUGCAGUUGGAAGAGCCCGAGUCACCAGACAUCGCUCACCAGAAGCGAGUCUUCGAGACCGUGAGGAACAUCAACCAGGUGGUCAAGCAGAGGUCCCUGACGCCCUCCCCCAUGAACAUCCCCGGCUCCAACCAGUCCUCGGCCAUGAACUCCCUCCUGUCCAGCUGCGUCAGCACCCCCCGGUCCAGCUUCUACGGCAGCGACGUCAGCAACGUCGUCCUGGACAACAAGACCAACAGCAUCAUCCUGGAGGCAGAGGCGGCCAGCCUGGGAAACGACGAGCAGAGCAAGAAGCCGGGGACACCGGGCACCCCAGGCUCCCACGACCUGGAGACCGCGCUGAGGCGGCUGUCCCUCCGCCGGGAGAACUACCUGUCGGAGAGGAGGUUCUUCGAGGAGGAGCAGGAGAGGAAGCUCCGGGAGCUGGCGGAGAAGGGCGAGCUGCUCAGCGGCUCCCUCACGCCCACCGAGAGCAUCAUGUCCCUGGGCACGCACUCCCGCUUCUCCGAGUUCACCGGCUUCUCGGGCAUGUCCUUCAGCAGCCGCUCCUACCUGCCCGAGAAACUCCAGAUCGUCAAGCCGCUGGAAGGUUCUGCCACCCUUCACCACUGGCAGCAGUUGGCCCAGCCUCACCUCGGGGGCAUCCUGGACCCCCGGCCGGGUGUGGUCACCAAGGGCUUCCGGACGCUGGACGUAGACGUGGACGAAGUGUACUGCCUUAACGACUUUGAAGAAGAUGACACAGGUGACCACAUUUCCCCCCGGGGCCUAGCUACCUCCACGCCAGUGCAGCACCCAGAGACCUCAGGUGAGAGGUCCCGAGCGCACGUGACUGUCGCAGGCGGCAGAAGCUCCCCGAGCCGGCCUCAGGCUUUCCCAGAAGAGAUGCAGGAGCCAGCGGCCGCAGAGGAGCAGGAGGAGGAGGAGGAGGGGUCUGCACACCACCCUGGGAAGUGCAUGUCGCAGACCAACUCCACCUUCACCUUCACCACCUGUCGCAUCCUGCAUCCUUCAGACGAGCUCACGCGAGUCACGCCAAGCCUUAACUCAGCCCCGACUCCAGCUUCUGGCAGCGCCAGCCACUUAAAGUCCACGCCGGUGGCCACGCCCUGCACACCCAGGAGACUGAGCCUGGCCGAGUCCUUCACCAACGCCCGCGAGUCCACGACCACCAUGAGCACGUCGCUGGGGCUGGUGUGGCUGCUGAAGGAGCGGGGCAUCUCGGCGGCCGUGUACGAUCCCCAGAGCUGGGACCGGGCCGGGCGGGGCUCCCUCCUGCACGCCUACACCCCCAGGAUGGCCGUGAUCCCCUCCACCCCGCCCAACUCGCCCCUGCAGACGCCCACGUCUUCCCCACCCUCUUUUGAGUUCAAGUGCACGAGCCCGCCCUACGACAACUUCCUGGCUUCCAAGCCGGCCAGCUCCAUCCUGCGGGAGGUGAGGGAGAAGAAGCCAGUCCGGAGCAGCGAGAGUCAGACGGACGUGUCUGUCUCCAACCUCAACCUCGUGGACAAAGUCAGGAGGUUUGGCGUGGCCAAGGUGGUGAACUCGGGGCGAGCCCACGUCCCCAUCUUGACUGAGGACCAGGGGCCUCUCCUCUGUGGGCCUCCGGGCCCCGCACAGGCCCUUGUCCCUGGAGGCCUGGGACCCGAGGGCUUGCCUCUCGGAUGCUCCACCGUCACGAGUGCCAUCGGCGGGCUGCAGCUCAGCGGUGGCAUCCGGCGGAACCGCAGCUUCCCCGCCAUGGUGGGGUCCAGCAUGCAGAUGAAGGCCCCCGGGACCCUCACCUCGGGCAUCUUGAUGGGUGCUAAGCUCCCCAAACAAACCAGCUUGCGGUGAGGGUGGCAGCGGGGCCCUUCCUCGGAGGAGGCCAAUCUUGCCCUUCCUCCCUCGCUCUCCCCGCCCCCCUGCACUGCGCUCUCUCCCUCUUCCCUCCUUGCCCAUCCCCUCCUGAGCUUGACAAAUCAACCUCGUGCCUAAUGGGGGAAGAGUGGAGACUUUGUAAAAUGUGUACAUAGGACUUGGAGACCAGUAUCCGACCUGCCCUUCCUUCAGAUCCCGCGGCCAGUGCCCCUGCACUGUCAUUGCUCUCGUGAGGACUUCACCUGUGCUGGCCUGGGGGCUGGGCAGGCCCGUGUCUUUUCCUCCUUCUGUCCUUGAGAAGCACUGAAACUCCCCAGGGCAUUCUUAUCCCAUGGAUAGGAAACCAGGGAACUCGGGGCUGGCUGCCAGUGUGCCCGUCAUGAGCUGUCACACGGCACAGGGCACAGUGGGCCUGCCCCGCCCACCCCCCCACCCCGUGUCGUUGGGCGCCUGCCCCGCUCACCCUGUAAGAGCGUAAGGAACCUCCGUCCACAGCCACAUGCAGCUGGCGUGGCUUUCAGGACCGGAGGGAGAGCUGUUCUUUCUUUUCUGGGUGAUCCAGCUCCUUCGAGACCUUCAUACUCUGCCUCAGUGGACGGCCGCUUCCUUUUUGAGGUGUGACUUUUGCUUUCCACGCCUUCAACCUGAAGUCAUCCUUCAAUGUCUUGUGAUCAGCUGUCAGGCCAGACACCUGACCCGAAAGAGAAUGUGUUUACACUCCGCUGUGCGUGUCCGGUUCCAUUUUUCUACGCUUUAUAGGCAGGGACGGCGUGGUCCCAGGUGGGAAGUCCCAGGGUACGUUCUCUCUGUGGCUCUGUGACACCGAAGCACAAGUGGCGGACGCACCAAGCCGCUCAGGAGAUAGCUUCUUUCUGGGACCCAAGUGCACAACCCAAUUGAGUAAGACCAGACCCAAGACAACCUCAACGAUAGCAUGACAGGGAAAGGGGACGGGGAAAAGGUUAUGAAUGAAAUACGUCAGCGAAGGGAAAAGAACCAGAAGCAAACGUCAUACCAGACUGGUUCACGGGAGAAACGAGGCUUCGGCCUGGGGCUCGGUCCGCUCCUUACUCUGAAACCCGAGUCUGGUCCGGGCGCAUACCCUUCCGUGGUCUUUUGUGGCAGCCAUUCGAGGCCCACACAUUCUGCCCCCCGAAAGCCCUCUGUCUCCCGGUGCCACUUUUUAUCCUUAGGAAAAGAUAAAGGUGCUCCUGACACAAACAUAAGCGAGCAAGGGGGCCCCGUCCCGCUGCUGUCGCCGACUGGGUCUUGAACUCGUAUUUAUUAUUUAUGUGUGCUGUGUUUUAGACAAGUGCCCCCUCUCCUGCUCCAGUCACAGAGUGUCUGGCACUCUCGUCUAAGCAGGUCAUUUAUUUAUUCUGAUCUGAAGACUACAGUGUACCUCAUGUUGUCCCGUGGCCAUUUGUCCCUGACAUUUAUGCAAGGGUAACGUCACAUGCAAAUGAAAUUGCCAUUUUGCACCCCCCCCCACUCCCCUCCCCACUUGGCAAAGGAUGUGUCGUUCAAUUGAAGGAGUGUAACCUUAUGUCCACCGGAGAUACUGUAAGGAAGUCCCCAGGAGCAGCAAACCCCAGUCCCACGAUUUCAGACUAUUUAUUCUGUGAACACGAAGGUGUUGGUCAGUUGUUUUCAACACUCCUCGUGGCUGUAUGCGUGCACUCAAUGCAAGGAACGUAUAUCUUUUUAUCUGAAUGUAUUUUAAAGCAGUAGGUAGAUUAACAAAGGAACAUGAAAACCAUGGAUUGAAUGGACCACUUUAUGUAUUCAGAGAGAGGAACCACCCAUCAUCACAAAGGAAAAAUCAGCAAUUCAGAGGUUGCAGUAUUUAGUGUAGUAAAUAAAGGAUCAACAUCGGGCAACCACUCUCAAAAAGUGUGUUGUAAUGCAUCAAAAAUAAAUAAUAAAAUUUUAUUUGCUAAAUGAAUAUCAAUAAAAUAAGUUCAAAUGAUGGAAACCACAA